CGGGGCGCGGUCCGCUGGGCUCGCGGCCGGCGAGGAACGCUCCGGGCCCCGAAGCCGCCGGCGCCUGCGGCGGCCUGGGCAACGCGUGCGGGGCCGACCGCGAGCGGCGCGACUGGAGGGCCGACUGACGGACGCCCAAGCCGGGUGUAGAACUGCCUGAUCGAGUGUGGGACCGGCUGACUGGGAUGCAGCCUGACGGGUGUGCGUCAGCGGCGGCCGCCUCGCGGGUGUGCGUUUCUCGCUGACAGCCCGUUGUGCUGUGUGGCUGACGAAGACGGUGGCUUGAGCUUCCGAGGGCUGUUGUGUGACGCUGGCGUUGUUUGACAGCGGCCACCCGUCUGGGUUUGUGGCUAUGUCCCCCGGCACCUUCUGCGUGCUGAAGUCCGGCGGGAGGCUGUGGAGUCGACAGACUGGUUGUUCACCACGUGUUUGCGGUGUGCCGGGCCCGUACUGGACGUUUGUCAUGGGUCGCCUUGGGUAACCCCACAGCAACCCUCUGAGUCUGCAUCUGCCCUGCUCUACAGGUAUGAGCAGAGUCCCAAGCUCCACAUGAUGACAAAGUUCUGGCAUUCCUGCAGACCCAGUUCCAACACUCCAGCCAUCCUGUGCCUCACUUUUGUACUGCUCCUUGAUGGCCAUCCCCAAGAGCCCUCUGAGCCCAGUGCCCUGGGAACGGGAUGGCUUUCUACGCGUGAAGGUGGAGGAUGAGGAGGCCAGCCUCUCUGAGAUCCAGGAAUCUAGCUCUGGCCACACUGCCCACCCUGAGGCUGCACGUCUUCGUUUCCGGCGCUUCUGCUACCAGGAGGCUUCCAACCCACAUGAGGCCCUGGCCCGGCUCCGGGAGCUGUGCCGCCAGUGGCUGCGGCCCGAGGCGCACUCCAAGGAGCAGAUGCUGGAGCUGCUGGUGCUGGAGCAGUUCCUGGGUGCACUGCCCCCCAAGAUCCAGUCUUGGGUGGGUGCCCAGUUCCCCAAGAGUGGUGAGGAGGCUGCCAUGCUGGUGGAAGGUCUGACUCGGGCACUCGACCAGAGAGGAUGGGACCCGGGAGCCAAGCUGUCAGAGGCAAGCUGCAAGCAGAGUGAUUUGAAAGAGUCAGAGCCAUUAGACAGGGCUACUGAAACCCUCAUGAGAGGUAUUUCCCAGGGACCCACUUUUGGUGGUGCUUGUGAACCUGAGGGCAGCUCAGAGAGGCAGGCAGGACUCUCGGAGGAAGCCUGGACAAAGUCUGUCCCCCAAGAGAUGGAUUUCAGGAAAACUUCAGAGCCUCACAAGGAUGUUCCCACCGACCAGCCCAGCUGUGAAUUUGGUGUCUUGGGGAAUAGUCCCAACGUGUGGCCAAAUGUCACCUCACAAGAGAAGACACCAGAAGAGAAAUUUGAUCCAGUGGAUGGUGAUAGGACAGAGCCUCCAUGCAUUUACUCAGGGAGGAAGUCUUCCAAGUGUAGUGAAUGUGGGAAAACAUUCCAGAGCCCCUCAGCCCUCGAGACACACCAGAAGAGCCAUUCUCGGAAGACACCCUACACCUGUAGUGAGUGUGGGAAAGCCUUCAGCCGGAGCACUCACUUGGCCCAGCAUCAAGUCAUCCAUACGGGGGCAAAGCCCCAUGAGUGUAAAGAGUGUGGGAAGGCCUUCAGCCGGGUCACCCACCUAACUCAGCACCAGAGGAUCCACACUGGAGAAAAACCCUACAAGUGCGGGGAAUGUGGCAAAACAUUCAGCCGCAGUACCCAUCUCACUCAACACCAGCGGGUGCACACAGGGGAGAGGCCCUAUGAGUGUGAUGAGUGUGGGAAGGCCUUCAGCCAGAGCACCCACCUGACUCAGCACCAGCGCAUCCACACUGGGGAGAAGCCCUACAAGUGUGAUGCUUGUGGGAGAGCCUUCAGUGACUGCUCAGCUCUAAUCCGCCACCUGAGAAUCCACUCCGGAGAGAAGCCAUAUCAAUGUAAGAUUUGUCUGAAGGCCUUUGCACAGAGCUCCUCCCUCAUUGAGCACCAGAGGAUCCACACAGGAGAGAAGCCAUACAAGUGCAGUGACUGUGGGAAGGCCUUUAGCCGCAGCUCAGCCCUCAUGGUUCACCUGAGGAUCCACAUUACAGUACUGCAGUAACCAAAGAAAGCCCUUGGGACACAGAACAACUUCCACUCAGAGGCUCAACAUCUAAGAGAAACUCUAAGUUCCAAAAGAACAAAGAUCAGGGUAGGUGAUUGAUAGUACCCUAAAGUGAUAAGGUGCUUCAGGGCAGACUCUGGGGCUGUCUGGGAACAAUUCUGCAUUUAGAGACCCAGAUGGAGGCGCCUGAUGAACCCAAAGCUAUUCAGGCUAGCUGGAGAAGCUUCCAGAAGAAUCCUGCUUCUCUCCAUACCCCACUCAGGCCCAUCUCAGAGAAAGGACAGCUGAGCUGAGGACUUGGAUUGGUCUUCAGAGUCAGGUCAAUUGGGGUGAAGUUUCUGUUGGGACUCAAUGGUCCCAAGAUGCUCUGGACAGAAAGGCUUCAGCUUCAUGUUCCCCUGUAGCUGCUCUCCUUGCCUUUUCCUCUCCCGCGUAGCCCAGGAGGGAUGCCAGCCCAUGCCCUCCUCUGUGCCUUCACACCUACUCUUUCGCUCCAUCUAUUCUUGUCUAACUCCAAGGCCAACCUGUGAGGCUGCCUCUUCUAUGAGGCCUUCUCCAGGCCCUCAGUCUCUCUCACAUUCUCCCUAAUCAAGGGUGUGGCAUGAUGCUUGCGCAUCAUCUGUUUCUCCUUGCCUUCUCCUACAUCGCACCAGCCAUCAGCCCUGUUGGUUUUAUCAAAAACUCACCUCUAAUCUGUCUUUACCAUUCUCACCUUCUUUGAGCCCUCAUCACCUCUCAUCUGGAUUCUAGCUGGGGUCGCCUGCCUCCAUUCUCUCCCUGACCUCCCCCACUGUUUCAUUCUCCACACCAGCCUCCAGAGGGCUCUCCUGCAAUUCAAACCUGAUUGUGCCACCCCAUAGUGGAAAGCUCUCCAGUGCAUCACCUUCUGCGGCAAAGCUUCCUGAAUGGGUUACAACUAUGCCAAGACAUAAGUCUUGGCCCCAAAUAACCUCUCCAGGUACCCUUGUAUGUGCGUGUGAAUAUUGUCAUUUUUUCUGUGGGUGCAGUGAUGUGAAAAAUGGUUUCAAAGUACUGCCCUGUGGGAUAUAUGUCAAACUCCUUCACCUGCCAUUCAGGAUCAUUUGUGACCUGGCCCCAGCCUCAUCUCCUACUGUAGUAGCCCCACCUUCCACACACCAGCCAUGUGGAACUACUUGUGGUUCCUGAAGAAGCCAUAUUUUUCCCACCUAUGUGCCUCUGUACCUGUGCCUGGAAACCUCCUCUCCUCUUUCCUCCCACAUGUUUCACAUAUCCCUCCCUAACAAAGCCUCCCCUACUUCCUUUUUUUUUUUUUUUUUAAGAUUUUAUUUAUUCACUUGAGACACAGAGAUACAGAGAGGGAGAGAGAGAGCAUGAGCAGGGAGAAAGGCAGAGGGAGAGGGAGAAGCAGGCUCCCCGUUGAGCCAGGAGCCUGAUGUGGGGCUUGAUCCCAGGACUCUGGGAUCAUGACCUGAGCCGAAGGCAGACGCUUAACCAUCUGAGCCACCCAGGUGCCCGCCUCCCCUACUUCCUUGAACAGACUUCAGCUUGCCUUCUCUGCUUCCAGAGCACCUCCUUAACUUCUCUUUAACUUCCUACCAUGUUGUAUUUACUCCUUGCAGACCUUGCAGUCUGUUUCCCAAAGACACUGUGAGCUUCCAAGAGCAGGGGCCGUGUUUUAUUCUAAAUAUCCAUAGCACAGGAUGCAAUAGGCUCUGACCAGUGUCUGUUGAAUGAAUAUACUGUGACUGGUGCCUUCCUGGAGGUAGUCACCAUGCUCCACCCUGCAACCUGAUAUAGGUCUAUAUUGCUGUCUCCCCAACACCCAGCAGGGCAAGAACAAUCUGAUUUUCCCAGAGCCCCAGCACUCAGACAAGCCUGGCAUACAGUGGCCUCAAUAAAAUGUUACCAUAUUGAGUCUGCCCUUUCUAUCACCCCAGAAUCCCCCUGGUUUCAGUGGUUGCCAGCAUGCUGUCAGUGCUGUCUCUGACCUUCUCUCACAGUUCUGUAUCCCUGGCCCUCUUUCAGGGUCCAUGUCUGUAACUGGAUGUCACAGCCUCUGUUUUUAACUAUCAGGGUGUCAGUCUUCCUCUCUUUCUCUGAUGAUCCCAUCACAUGUUAACCAUCUGACCUACCAUACUGUUUUGUACUGUUCAUUAUCACCAUCUCUGUGUUUCUCCCUGUGUCUUGAACUCAUUCCCUCUGUGUCACAAGUAAACAGAGUCACACAGACCAAGGAGUGAGGUUCAGAAGAGGAAGGUUGAGACCCAGGGAAACAGAGAUCUUGUGUCAAUAUCUCUGACAAAGUCCCAGAUACAUAGACACACAGGCAGACAGCCACUCAUAGUGAGACCAGGGCUGAGAGACUCAGAGAAAGUUGACAGACAUAGGGAAAAGCUCAGAGAUGAGAGAUACACAUUCCUAGUGAAAUGAUCACGCAGGCCUCCAACAAGCCUGCAGGCAGGGGAAAAGAUGUAGGCCUAAAGUCAGUCUGCAGAGCCCCACUCCUCCCCAGGCUGCUUUUGGGACCUCGGAUAAGUGACUUACCUGAACCUCAGUGACCUCAUCUGUAAAGCAGGGAUUAGAUGACCUGCCUUGUGUAACAUCCAACCCAGGGCCUGGCCACAGGCUUGUAGUAUCCAUCUCCACCUCUUUCUGCCCCCACUUUCCUGGUCUUUGGCACUGAAGAGCUGAAUCUCCACCCCCUGGUGCUCUGAGCAUCUCCAGCACCCAUUUUGUCAUGAGAUAUGUGUUUUCCCAUGUUUGUCUAAAGGGAGAGGAAGUUAGGGGGGAAAGGAAUCUAUAUUAAGGAUCUACAUGUGUAAAAAAAAAAAAAAAAAGGAUCUACAUGUGUUGUUCAGUCUGCCAGAUAAUUUAUGUACAUCAUCUCACAACACUCUGAGGGCAGAGUGACCAUCCCCAUUUUAUAGAGGAAGGGACGUGGCCAAGUUUAUACUGGAAGCACUGAGAUUUGAAAGCCUAUCCAAAUAUGUCAGCAAUUUCAAUAAGCACAACUAUAUUCAACAAACUAAGUAAGACAAAUACUAACAUUGGAUUUCUUUCAAAUCCAGACAUAUGUUCCUUAGAAGAAACACAUCUAAAAUGGGAAAGUUGAGGGUAAAGGAAUAACAAAGGAUAUAUAAGACAACAUGAAUCUGAAGAAAGACAACAGAGCUAUAUUAUUUCAACAAAAUAGAUGUUGACACGGAAAAGCAUUAUUAGGGUCAUAGGAUCACUAUGUUUUGUUUUGUUUUUUGUAAAAAGGAACAAUGAGGGGUGCCUGGGUGGCUCAGUCGUUAAGCGUCUGCCUUCGGCUCAGGUCAUGAUCCCAGGGUCCUGGGAUCGAGCCCCGCAUUGGGCUCCCUAAUCAGCUGGAAGCCUGCUUCUCCCUCUCCCGCUCCCCCUGCUUGUGUUCCCUCUCUCACUGUGUCUCUGUCAAAUAAAUAAAUAAAAUCUAAAAAAAAUAAAAAGGAACAAUGCACUAGGAAGAUGUGAUAGUUUGGAACCAGACAACUCAUGACAUCCUUAUUAGGGAACAGAAUCACAGAAACUGAUAAGACCUUACAUGUAGUUGGAAAUGCUACCACAUUCUUUAUAAUAAUAGCAGAGAGAAUAUUUGAAGAAAUAAUUACUGGAAACUUACCAAAUUUGGCAAAAGGUCUCAAUUUACAGGUUCAGAAAGCUCAGUGAACCCAAAACAGCAUAAUCUCAAAUUCAUGCCUAGACACAUCAUAAUUGAACUGCUGAAAACAAAACAAAUUUUAAAAUUUUGAAAACAGUCUGUGAAAAACUAUGCAUCCUAUAAAGAUCAAUGCAAAAGAUUAUGGGUUUCUUGUCAGAAAUAGUGAAACCUAGAAGGCAGAGAAACAACAUAUUUAAAGUGCUGGAAAAAAACCCUGUCAAUCCAAAAUUCUAUAUCCAAUGAAAAUACACAUCAAGAAGGGGAGCAAAAUAAAAACAUUUUCAAAUGAUGCAAAACUAACAAUCUUGCCAGCAGGCUAAAAGUGUUGUUUUGAUAGAAGGGAAGUUAUAGCAGAAGGAAAAUUGGAACUUUGGUAAUGAAGAAAGAGUAACACAUUGCAAAUAUUUGAUCUUUAAGAUAUACAUGAGUGUUAAAAAAAAAAAAGGUAUACAUGACUUGAAAACAAGAUUUAUAAUAUUUGUAGAGUUUUCAAUGUAUGUUGAUGUAUAUAUGACUAAAACAUAAAGAGGAGAGAGUAUCAAAAUUCAUUCAGUAAUAUAUUUGAGAUUUGUAUAUUUUAAUGCAUAUACAUUAUAUCUCAAAGAAGAACCAUUAGUGUACAAAAUUUAAAAAAGAAAUUAGAGGAGGAGAGUAAAGAGACCUAUCAGUGAUAAGGUUUCUACAUUUCACUUUAAGUGGUAUAAUAUUAAUUCUAUGUAGACUAUGAAGAGUGAGGUAUGCAUAUCUUAAUCCUUAGAGAAAUGUCACACACACACACACUACACAAACAGAUAAACCCAAUACAUGAAUUAAAAUGGAGCUCUAGGGGCGCCUGAGUGGCUUAGUUGGUUAAGCGUCUGCCUUCAGCUCAAGUCAUGAUCCCAGGGUACUGGGAUUGAGCCCCACAUUGGGCUCUCUGCUCAGUGGGGAGCCUGCUUCUCCCUCUACCUCUGCUGCUCCCCCUGCUUGUGUUCUCUCACUCUCUCUCUCAAAUAAAUAAAUAAAAUAUUUUAAAAAAUAAAAUAAGGGGCACCUGGUGGCUCAGUCGGUUGAGCAUCUGCUUUGGCUCAGGUCAUGAUCCCAGGGUCCUGGAAUCCAGCCCCAUGUUUGUCUCCCUGCUCAGCUGGGAGCCUUCUCCCUCUCCCUCUGCAACAUCCCCCCCUCCCCACUGAUGCUCUUGAUCUCUCUCUCUCUCAAAUAAAAUCUUUUUUAAAUAAAAUAAAACAGAGCUCUAGAAAAUAUUUAACCCAAAAGAAGGCAGGUAAAGGGAAACAGAGGGAUAACAGAAGGAACAAAGAAAAUAAAAGCAAAAGGUGGACCCAAAUCCAAAUAUAUCAGUAAUUAUAUUACAUGUAAAUGAUCUAAACACACCAAUUAAAAGAGUUUUGCAGAAUGAAUUUUCUUAAAAAAUAAACCCACUUUAAGUAUAAUGAUAUAGGUAAGUUUUAAAGGAGAAUGGGAGAUGCAGUCUUCCAGUUAUGGAAUGAAUAAGUCACAGGAAUAAAAGGCACAGCAUAAGGAAUAUAGUCAAUGACAUUGUAAUAGUGUUGUGUGGUGACAGAUGGUAGCUAUACUUGUGAGCAGAGCAUAAUGUAUAAACUUGUCAAAUCAUUGUUGUACACCUGAAACUAAUGUAAUGUAUGUCAACUAUACACCAAAAAAUUGAAAAAAUAAAAGGGUGGAGAAAGAUAUAUAAUACAAAAAUUAACCAAAGAAUGCUAGAGUGACUAUUUUAAUAUCAUACCAAGUAGACUUCAGAACAAGGAAAAUUACCAGGGAUAAAGAGGGACAUUACAUAAUGAUAAAGGUCAAUCCACCAAGAAAUAACAAUUCUAAAUAUGUAUGCAUCUACCAACAAAGCCCUGAAAUACAGGAAGCAAAAACUAACAGAACUGGAAGAAAAUAAUAAAUUCAUAAUUAUAAUUGGAGACUUCUACACUCCUCUUUCUAAAAUCAACAAAACAAGUAGAUAGGAAAUCAGGAUACAGAAGAACUAAACACCACCUACCAACUGGAUAUAAUUGAUGAAGUUGCCAGUAUUUAAAUAUUGCCAAUUAUUUUUUAUCCACAAAGAAGUAAUUUCCUGUUAUUUAAACUAAUACAAACUUGUUUUUAAGCCUAAUAAUGAGCUGUUACUGAUGUUUACCCCCAAGAAAUCAAUGAUCUGUGUUUCCUGAAGAAAGCGAAGAAGAACAAAUUAAUUCAGAAGUAGAAGGAAGAGAAUAAUAAUGAUACAAAUAGAGAUCCACAAAGUAGAAAAGAGACCAUAGAAAAAAAUGACCAAAUCCAAAAGUUAAUUCUUUACUGAUAAACCCCUAGCUAGACUGACAGAGGGGAAGAAAUGGGUGGGGAGGGAGGUAGAAGGGACACAAUGUCAAGCAUGAAAGAGAUGACAUCACUACAGACCCUGUAGGCAUUAAAUGAAUAAAGGAAUGUUGUAAGCAACUCUAUACCAGUAAAUCAGACCAAUCAGAUGAAAUAGGCAAAUUCCUUAAACAAAAUUUAUCAAGUAUUAGUUGAUAAUGCUGGUACACACCUACUGGUAUGCCUGUACCUUGAGAACCAAGCUCUUAAGUGGACUGGGCAAUGAAAUGUCCAGUGGGAUAUUGGGUGGGGCAAAGGGCCUUAGAUCUGUGGGAAAGUGGGAAAGAAUAAAGAGGAGUCUCAACCCUACAACAGUUUCAAUCUCCAGUGUGAGAGACCUAGCCUUUGGGGACAGACUCAGCACCACCAGCUGGUGGCCACUCAGUCCAGAAAACAAAACUACAAAAUGCAGCCUCUCUGAAGUGCCUCCCAGUGUGGGGACCAAUUUGGUCAAGGUGGGGUUGGGUAUGUCUGGAGAGCUACCUACCCAGACCUGCUGGGGAUCAGGCAGAGGUGCCUGGGGAGUAGGAGGCGGCUUGAAGAAACCAAAAGGCAAUCUUGAAAAAUGUGGUCCCAAGUAGCCAAUCCUUGGCCCCUAUAUCCUCAGGUUCCAACCCAGAGCCCGUCCACCUUUAGGACACAAGAUCCCAGCCCACUUCCCUCAACCCUGGAAGUACAGCCCCCUGCACCAGGGCUGCCAUUAGUCAAGGACA